AUGUCAAAAGAGUUCAUUCUCGUUACCUUGCUCCUUACCUUAUCUUUGGCUUGGUUUGCUCAUUCUACCCCUGCCCAGAAUUACCUUGAACAUUGUUCUGGCGCUACUAUCAAAGAAUCUACCAAAAAUGUUGUUUAUUUUUCAAAACCCUCUAGUCAAAAGUUUGUAACUAUCAAAGGAUCUACCGACGAAAUCGAUUAUUAUUCUCCUUCACAACCCUCUAUUCAAAAGCUUGAAAAUAUCGGAGAAUCUACCGACGAAAUUGAUUUUUCUCCUUCACACCCUUCUAUUCAAAAGCUUGAAAAAUCUACUGACGGAAUUGGUUAUUCUCCUUCAGAUUGCUAUUAUUGUGGUGGAUACACUCCGUCGCAAUGUUCGAGUUUAUGUUACUACAAAGGCUAUAGAUAUUAUGCUUGUCUUACGUGCUAUUGUUAUUGUACAAACGGUUAA